AUGGAGUCCAUUCUUGUGCUUUUCAUGAUCUUUGUCGUGUCUACAAAUUCAAUCUCAGUAGCAGCCUCUCCCUCUACCAACAAUUCUCUCUGUCCAGUUGACAUGAACUAUGUGUUAACAGUUCCUUGGAACACAUCUACCUGUCUUACCCAAAACAAACCACAAACAAGUCUAUGUUGUCAAACUUUGUUGUCACUUUUUGGUAUAGCACUAGCUCAAAACCUCAACAAAAAUUCUCUUUUCCAACUCCCAAAUCUCUCUACCUCCACCUCAUGCCUUCAAGACUUCCAAACUAAGCUCACUUCCCUUUCACUUCACGACGACCUUGUCUCUUCAUGCUUUGAUCCACUUCAAUUUGUCAUCACUCCCGACAUCUGUGCUCGUAUACAAUCGAAGCAAGAUUGGUUCAGCAGUUUCGGUCCUGGAUCAUUGUUCAACACUUCUUGUAAACAAGACCUUACUGUUUCUACCAAUUGUGAUGCAUGUGUUGAUCAAGGCCUCAAGGUUCAAGAGAAGCUGAAUCAAAUUGACGGCAACAGUUCACAUUCCAAGGACUGCUUUUACUUCACCAUACUUUACAUUGCUGGAGUUGUGAAUCAGUUUGGCCCUGAAAACAGCGGUGUUAUGUCUUGUAUUCUCGAACUUCCUCUUAACUCUCAAGUGGUUUCCAGAAAAAAGAGCCAUCAUGCACUUGUUUUUGGUUUAAUCGGAGCUUCAGUUGCAUUCAUGGCUAUCAUGUUUUCUUUGCUUGCUUUCUAUUUUUGGUACACUGGUUGGAUAAAGAGAAAAAGUACUGAGAAUUUUUUAAGUCAUUCUGAUCCAAGGGAACAAAGGUCCAUCCAAAGAUUUAGACCAAACACAGGGUCAAUUUGGUUCAAAUUUGAUGAACUUGUGAAGGCCACCGACAAUUUUUCACUCCAAAACUUCAUUGGUAGAGGUGGAUUUGGGAUGGUUUACAAGGGGAUUCUAUCAGACGGCACAACCGUCGCUGUUAAAAGGAUCGAAGAAUCUGAUUUUCAAGGGGACAAUGAAUUCUACACUGAAGUAGAAAUUAUUAGCAAGUUGAAGCACCGCAAUCUAGUGCCGCUUAGAGGCUGUUGUGUGGUUGAUGAGGAUCAUAAUCAAGAACACAGAAAUAGGUAUCUUGUUUAUGAUUAUAUGCCAAAUGGUAACCUUGAAGAUCAUCUCUUUCCAUCCAUGGACAACGAAAAGGAAAAGAAAUCGUUAACUUGGCCGCAAAGAAAACACAUAAUCUUAGAUGUGGCAACUGGGUUGGUUUAUUUGCACUUUGGAGUCAAACCUGCUAUAUAUCAUAGAGAUAUCAAAGCAACAAAUAUACUACUUGAUGCAGAAAUGCGAGCAAGGGUUGCAGAUUUCGGACUGGCGAAAGAAAGCAGUGAAAGUAGGUCUCAGUUAAACACUAGAGUAGCUGGAACUUAUGGAUAUCUUGCACCAGAAUAUGCACUUUAUGGUCAGUUAAGUGAGAAGAGUGAUGUUUACAGCUUUGGUGUGGUUGUUUUGGAGAUUAUGUGUGGAAGAAAAGCUCUUGAGGUGUCUUCAUCAGGAACACCUAGUUUCUUGAUCACGGAUUGGGUUUGGUCGUUGAUGAAAUCUGGAAAUUUAGCAGAAGCUUUGGAUGGCUCUAUUUUGGUGAAUGAUGGAGAAUCCAAUGGUGGAAAUAUAAUGGAGAGGUUUUUGGUGGUUGGAAUUUUGUGUUGUCAUGUAAUAGGUGAUUCAAGGCCAACAAUUUUGGAUGCUUUGAAGAUGUUAGAAGGGGACAUUGAGGUUCCUUCAAUUCCAGAUAGACCCAUGACUUUUGAGAACCAUAUGUUUAUCAAUGGUGAUCAUAACCUUAAUUAA